UUGUGAUUUUAACUCUAUGACGGCCACAGUUAGAAAGGAAUGGUUGUUACAUUUACUGCACCUUGCGGAAGGCGGGGCAUCUGAUUUCCAUUUGGAAUCCCCGUGGUGCGAAGGAAACAGUGUAUUUAAUGAUGGACACGAAUAUUUUAAAUUUCAAACUAAUUUAGAUGAAUGCGGAACUACAUCAUACGAGGUCCCCGUGGAAGAUCGAAUUAUUUAUUCCAACUAUGUGUACAGUCAACGAGGAUCACGUGUCAUUGAGAUAGAGUGUUGCUAUGACACAGAGUAUACUAUUGCUCCAAUACACAUUGUUGCCAAUCCAUGUUCUGUUACUGUAACAUUGAAGGGAUUUGGGACAUUUAACAUCACCGCCUCACUCUACGUCACAAACCUGUUCACCGAGUUAUUCAACAUUGACAACUUUCCAAUUAUGGUAUGUGAUGGCGUGAUCAUCUACUUCGGAAUUCAGCUUGUUUCCAAUGACGCAAGUCUGGAAAUGUUCGUAGAGAAUUGUUAUGCGUCAGAGAGUGAUGACCCACAUGACCCGGGGAGCACACACUUUCCAUUAAUCGUUGAUGGUUGUCCAGACGAUGUGAUUACCGUGUUCGCAACGGGGUCACCACACGUCAAUCAUUACGGGUGGGAUGCCUAUGACGUAGUUAACACAGAUGACGUAGAACCAGGCGAGGAAGUUGAUCUGUAUAUUCACUGCGCUGUGGUGGUGUGUAAAUUAAACGAGAUUGGAACACGUUGCGAGCAGGGUUGCUUAAAUCGUGGAAGACGUGGAUACAAUCAAGCAUCCGGGACAUCAGACAGUACCUUCAUUACCCAUGGUCCUCUGCGAAAGUCUAAUAAUUGUGGAAAUUAAUGAUGUGUACGUCGAACUUCGGACCGUAAAAUUAUUAUUAAUAUUACAAAUUAUGAUGUUUAUUAAUAUUAUCUUUAACUGUAACUUAUACGCAAUAAUACGCAUAAUUUUAUGAUGAUCAAAAUUGGAUCAUUUAAAUAAUCGUUCUUUAAUUUAUUUGGUGAAGGAUAUUCGUGUACCCGAUAUAUUAUAAAUGUUGAAUCAAUAAAUCACUGUCACCUGCAUUACCGUA